AAGUUCCCGGCUGCCCGUUCGGCGGCGGUGGUUGGGUGGUAAGAUGGCGGCUGUGAGUCUGCGGCUCGGCGACUUGGUGUGGGGGAAGCUGGGCCGGUAUCCUCCCUGGCCGGGAAAGAUUGUUAAUCCACCCAAGGACUUGAAGAAACCACGUGGAAAGAAAUGCUUCUUUGUGAAGUUUUUUGGAACAGAAGAUCACGCAUGGAUCAAAGUGGAACAGCUAAAGCCUUAUCAUGCUCAUAAAGAGGAAAUGAUAAAGAUCAACAAGGGCAAACGGUUCCAGCAAGCUGUGGAUGCUGUUGAAGAGUUCCUCAGAAGAGCCAAAGGGAAAGACCAGACAUCAUCUCACACUUCUGCUGAUGACAAGAAUCGGCGUAAUUCCAGUGAGGAAAGAAGUAGGCCAAACUCAGGUGAUGAGAAACGCAAGCUUAGCCUGUCUGAAGGGAAGGUGAAGAAGAACAUGGGAGAAGGAAAGAAGAGGGUGACUUCAGGCUCUGCAGAGAGAGGCUCCAAAUGCCUUAAAAGAGCCCAAGAGCAGAGUCCCCGGAAGCGGGGUCGGCCCCCAAAGGACGAGAAGGACCUCACCAUCCCUGAGUCUAGCACUGUAAAGGGCAUGAUGGCUGGACCAAUGGCCGCAUUUAAAUGGCAGCCAACCGCGAGCGAGCCAGUCAAAGAUGCAGAUCCUCAUUUCCAUCAUUUUCUGCUGAGCCAGACAGAGAAGCCAGCUGUAUGUUACCAGGCCAUCACAAAGAAGUUGAAAAUAUGUGAAGAGGAAACUGGUUCCACCUCCAUCCAGGCAGCAGACAGCACAGCCGUGAAUGGCAGCAUUACACCCACAGACAAAAAGAUAGGAUUUUUGGGCCUUGGCUUAAUGGGAAGUGGCAUCGUCUCCAACUUGCUAAAAAUGGGUCACACAGUGACUGUCUGGAACCGGACUGCAGAGAAAUGUGAUUUGUUCAUCCAGGAGGGGGCCCGCCUAGGAAGAACCCCCGCUGAAGUCGUUUCAACUUGUGACAUCACUUUUGCCUGUGUGUCGGAUCCAAAGGCAGCCAAGGACCUGGUGCUGGGCCCCAGCGGUGUGCUGCAAGGGAUACGACCCGGGAAAUGCUAUGUGGACAUGUCAACGGUGGAUGCAGAUACAGUCACCGAGCUGGCCCAGGUGAUUGUAUCCAGAGGGGGUCGCUUUCUGGAAGCCCCAGUUUCAGGGAAUCAGCAACUGUCCAAUGAUGGGAUGUUGGUGAUCUUAGCAGCCGGAGACAGGGGCUUGUAUGAGGACUGCAGCAGCUGCUUCCAGGCAAUGGGAAAGACCUCCUUCUUUUUAGGUGAAGUUGGCAAUGCAGCGAAGAUGAUGCUGAUUGUAAACAUGGUCCAAGGGAGCUUCAUGGCCACCAUUGCUGAGGGGCUUACGCUGGCCCAGGUGACAGGCCAAUCACAGCAGACACUCUUGGACAUCCUCAAUCAGGGACAAUUGGCCAGCAUCUUCCUGGACCAGAAGUGCCAAAAUAUCCUACAAGGAAACUUUAAACCUGACUUCUACCUGAAAUACAUUCAGAAGGAUCUCCGCCUGGCCAUUGCACUGGGUGAUGCAGUCAACCACCCCACUCCCAUGGCAGCUGCAGCCAAUGAGGUGUACAAAAGAGCCAAGGCACUGGACCAGUCUGACAAUGAUAUGUCUGCCGUGUACCGAGCCUACAUACACUAAGCCUUGCCCGCCCAUCCACCCUCCCAUCUUCCCUCUGACCUCUCUUCCCGGUGUGGGGUCAGGGUUCUGGGACUUACUCUGGACCAGUCACCUGUCUCCAUUUCCUUUUAUACAGACUUUGAGACUUGCAUCAGCACAGUACACAGCAGCACCCUCCCUCCCUGAGGCCCUGGGCAGGGAUAUGAAGAUCUGUCUCUACAGGUGGCUGUGAAGAAGCUCUUGAGCCGGGCAUUGAUUGGCCCUGGAGCAGGAGGCUGUGUAUUCUCUCUGUUUCUCUUGUGUCCUCUGUCUCUGUCACACACACAGACACACACAUCCAGGAUAGAAGCUGCCCAGAAACUGCUGCCUGGCUGUUCUUCCAAGCUUGUCAUAUCUCAGCCCCCUUCUGGUCAAGGGACUGGAGGAGCUAGAACUGGCAGGGAGCACAGGAAGCCUUCUCUCGACUUCCCCAGGACAGAGGCUGGCAAAGGGUCCGUGGCCUCCCACUGGACCCCUGGAAGGAGAGGCCCCUCGGCCAUCAUGAACCAGCAGACUCCCAGAGGAGGCUCUGUGGACCUCCAGCUGAGGAGGAUUUUCCUAUAGACACUACCUUAAACAGCAGCUCCCAGAACGUCUUUGUGAACUGAAGAGAGAUUCUUGUGGCCACAUAGACACCUCUUCAGCGAGAGCAGAGUCCACAGCCUCCAGCUCCCUGGCUGUUGGCUCUGGCUGGAGCCUGCUCCUCCCAGGAGGUUUUGUUUGGAUUUGCAUUCCAGCCCACUGGAAGGGUCUUAAGGACACUGGGAGUAGUGGAGUAUGGGAGUGGCUCCUUCCUGUUUCCGUUAUGGCGGUCUCUUCAGAUAGGCUACCUGUUCAGCCUGCUCUUCACAGGUUCCCUGCAUGCCCCUCUUUCCCUUUUCCAUCCAUGGAGUUAAUAUUUCUGUUCCAUCCUCCUUCGACCCAGACCCAGCCUGACCAGCACCAAUAAAGAGCACUUCAUAGGCUGGGCUUUUAACAAGGAACCUCACUUCUGCUGGUAUCAGUGGUUCCAAGUCCUGGGUUUGUUGGGACAGAUUUGACCUGGGCCGUGUACUAACCUAAGUGCUCCUCAGAGGUGGAGCCAGUCAUCUGCAGGCCCUAGUGUUUCUCCUUGGAGAGGGGACCAGAGAGGCUUAGAUUGUCACAUGAGAGCUGUCAGCCUUCCUCCUUGUGAGUUUGGAUUUCCAAAGCCACAAGUUGACUUUCCACCGGGAAGAACCUGGGGUAAGGAUCUCAGGACACGAGCAAGGAGCAGGGAAUGCUUAUAGGGGUCAGCACAAUUGCUCAGUCACUGGGAUGCUGAACGAGUGUCUGUCUGGACGUAGCCUGUCUUGGUCCUGGGGUUUGGGGAUGGGGAGGAUGCUAUAAGGAAACCGGUUAGUCAAUGUUGUCUUAAUAUUGUUGACAAUUCUGUAAAGUUUUCUUUUUAUGACUUUCUGUUUAAGCUUAUUUCACCUUUCGUUUUGAAAUCCUUUCCUUUUAUGGAGAAAAUGUGACAUUGUGAAAAUGCUUGUAAGAAAGCCCUUCCUUCCCCUUUUUCCUUUAAAAUGACAAAUUUAGGUGAUUAAGGUUGUGAAUUUUUAUUUUUGCUUUGUUUUUAAUGAACAUUUGUCUUUCAGAAUAGGAUUGUGUGAUGUUUAAAUGGCAAAAACAAAACAUGAUUUUGUGCAAUUAACAAAGCUACUGCAAGAAAAAUAAAUAAAACGUUUCUUGGUACCACA